UAAUUACCACAAAUGCUAAGGCAAAUGAAUAGUCCAAGGAUUCAGACACCUAAGAGCAAAAUCUAACGUAGCAAAAUAAAGAGUCCGCUACGUAAUAGAUUUUGCUCUCCACAAAUUAAGGCUACAAAAAAAUAUGGGAUAUUGCAGAUUUGGAGGGAAAAAUAUGGAGUAUUACAUAUAUGGAAGCAAAAACAAAUUGACGUUUGAAGACAACAGGAAAAAGAAGGCAACACUACUGGAAGAGCAUUGAUAUAGAGUUCAGGACUCUUUGUUAUACUCUUAAUGGAUAAGAGUUGGAUAAACAUAUUGAAUAGGCUUGAUCCUUUAUAUGAGAAUGGAGCCAAAGAGUUUCUUCAUUUUGCCUCAUUAGAUAGGCCCAAUUCCUCCGAAAUCUUGUGUCCAUGCCGAAAAUGUCGUAAUAGAAAAUUUGUUCCUAAAGAUUUGAUUGUUGAACAUAUUGUGGUUGAUGGAUUUCUAACUAAUUACACUAGUUGGAUUUUUCAUGGUGAGAAAUCAUCACAAGUAACAGGACCAGACACUCAUGGGAUUAUUCGAACUUUAGGAAAAAGACCAGCUCCAAGUUUAGUUUUUGGCCCAGUAAAUAAACGAUCCCAGGCGGAGCAACGAGAUUUUGAUGCAAGGGUUGAGAUAGAAGUUCAAAAAGCUACCUCAGCUAUCCGAAUUGAUAUGGAGAAAAGGUUGGCUGAAGCAAAGAAAGAUAUGGAAGCAAAACUAGAUGAAAAAGUAAAGGCAAGGAUCCAAGCAUAUUUACAAAGUAUGGGUUUCAGGAAUGGCUCUAAUAGUAAAACAAUCAGUACUGAACGGCUUUCCGAUAACACAAAUGAAGACCGCAAACAAUCAUUAUCACCGGUUUCAAAUGUUCAAACAAAUAAGCACUUUUGAAGAAUGUGAUUUUAAUUAUUGGCAAGUAAUCCUUGUGUGGAAAGAUGGAUUCCAUUAGUCUUGUUGCAAAAUUUAUUCUAGAAGUUUAGGGAAUUAAUUCAGAUAAGGAGAGAAUUUCACGUAGUUUCAUGCAGGGGCGGAUGCACAGCCAAUCGAGGGUGUUCACCCGAACUUUACAGUGUAUAUAUGGGGUAAAUUUUUUGUGUUUAUGUAUAUAUAUUAGCUUUUGAACACCCUCAAUAAAUGUAAAAGGUUAGCUCAAGUGGUUUAGGGUAUUCAAAAUUGUCUCUAGUGCUAUAGGUUCAAUUCCCAUCAACAACAUUAUUUUUUAUAUUUAGCUUUUGUUAUUUUUUUCGAA